AUGAAGCAGGAUGAUUCCCCAUCCGAGCCACGCCCGCCUUACGAGGUAUCCGGGAACAGCUUUCUAUCUUACCUUCCUACCUCCUGGGUACCGUAUGCCCAGCUAAUGCGCCUGGAUAAGCCAGGGGGCUACUUUGCCUUUGUCUUCCCCUACUGGAUCGGCCUCUCGUACGGGGCCAGCAUUGCUCUUCACCCACCCACACCGGGUUUUCUCCUCACCAGGGCCGGGCUGUUCUCCGUUGCCUGCAUUUUCUUGAGAGGUGCGGCCUGUACCUGGAACGACAACAUUGAUCAGGAUUACGAUCGGCUCGUGGCACGCUGCCAGAAUCGUCCCAUUGCGCGUGGUGCCAUCUCCACCACGGCCGGACACGUUUUCACAGCGCUUCAGACGGUGAUGGGCAGCACCGCUUUCUUCCUCCUACCCGACAUCUGCAUGGCCGAUGCCAUCCCGAUCACCCUGCUGUUCGCCAUCUAUCCGUUUGGAAAGCGCUUCACCGAUUAUCCGCAGGCCAUUCUAGGGUUCCCGUUUGCUUUCGGCAUUGUCCUGGCCUGCCAUAGCAUUCAAGUUGACCCGUUCGCCACGAGACCGGCCGGCCUGCUCUGGUCAACGACCGCCCUGGUGGUCGCCAAUGUUCUGUGGACCAUGAUCUACGACACCAUAUAUGCCCACCAGGAUCGGGAGGAUGACCGAAAGGCCGGCGUGAAGAGCAUGGCGGUGCGCUUCCGGGACAGCACCAAGCUGCUCUGUUCCGCUCUGAGUGCCAUCAUCGUUAGCCUGCUGGUUGGAGUAGGCGUCUUUGCGCAGUUGCACUGGAUUUACUAUGUGGUGGGAGUGGGCGGAGUGGCCAUCAGCCUGAUUACGAUGAUUACUGCAGUGGAGUUGGCAGUGCCGGAGAGCUGUAUGUGGUGGUUUCAGUGGGGGUUCUGGUAUGUUGGGGGGUCACUGCUUGGAGGAUUUUUAUUGCAGUACAGUCGUUUAUCCUGA